AUGGUUGACAAAGACGAGAAGCCGAUGGCUGAAAUCCAGCAUAUCGACCACAGUCAGUCCGAAUGGAACCUUCAGGGUGUGCUACCAAAUACCAGCAAGCCGUGGUACAAGGAACGACAUUUUCUUCUUCUCAACCUGGGGAUGAUUAUUCCCUAUCUUUCCUCCACCACUAAUGGCUAUGAUGGAUCGAUGCUCAACGGUCUGCAGUCCAUGAGCCAAUGGCAGGGCUUUUUCGGCUCUCCGACAGGCACUCGACUAGGCUCUCUGUCGAAUGGGGUAAUCUUCGGCCAGAUUCUGGCUUUUCCUAUCGCUCCGUGGUUAUGCGACCAUACUGGUCGGCGCUUUCCAAUCUUCAUUGGAUCUCUUCUCCUUGUCAUUGGCGCAGUCCUUCAAUGCGCUGCACAGGACUAUGCUAUGUUCCUGGUUUCUCGCAUGAUUAUCGGGUUUGGAGGUCUUAUUGCGGUCGAGGCAUCGCCGAUGUUGGUUAGCGAGCUUGCGUUUCCAACGCACCGUUCUGUUCUGGUGGGCUACUACAAUAACCUAUGGUAUUUGGGCGCAAUGCUAGCAGCCUGGGUUACAUAUGGAACGUACUUUAUGGGACCGAACGCAUCAUGGGCAUGGCGCAUCCCUUCGCUACUACAGGGGUUCUUUCCGUUGGUUCAGGUGCUUUUCGUCUAUCUACUUCCAGAAUCGCCGCGGUAUCUUGUGCAGAAAGAUCGCUAUGAAGAUGCGCGGAAGGUACUAGUCAAAUACCAUGCCGGUGGGGAUGAAGACUCGCCCCUGGUAGACUUUGAGAUGAAGGAAAUUAUCCUACAGAUCCAGACUGCCAAAAUGGCUUCCAAAUCUGGCUAUCGUGAGUUCCUAAGCACACGCGGCAAUUUGCAUCGCCUCUUCAUCAUCAUCGCGGUACCUUGCAUGAUGCAGCUAUCCGGCAACGGUCUGAUCGCUUACUACCUCCACCUUAUUCUGAACUCUAUUGGGCUUACCUCGGACCCACAGCAACUUCGCAUCAAUGGCGGUCUUACAGUAUUCAAUCUCGGAGUGUCCAUUGCACUGGCCUCGCUGAUGGAAAUGGCUGGUCGCCGAAGACUAUUCCUUUUUUCUACGGUAGGAAUGUUGACCUGCUACGUGAUCUGGACGAUUCUCUCAGCCAUCAAUCAGGAACGUGGCUUUAAGGAUAGCUCCCUAGGGACUGGGGUUAUUGUCAUGAUCUUCCUCUACCAGUUUUUCUACAAUGCGGGGCUGAAUGGGCCGCCGUGGGUCUAUGUUACUGAGGUGCUUCCUACUCACCUUCGAGCCAAGGGCACAAACAUUAUGCAAAUUGCUUCCACGUGUGUUUUGGUCUUUAAUGGGUAUGCCAAUCCUGUUGCCAUGGACGCGAUCAGCUGGAGAUAUUACAUUGUUUAUUGCUGCGUCAUUGCUGUUGAAAUCGCCCUUGUGUAUUUCGGGUUCCCAGAGACCAAGGGCCACAGCCUGGAAGAAGUUGCGCUGAUUUUUGACGGAGAGGAAGCUUUCGGUACUGAACCCAAGGGAGGACCGGAGGAUGUCUGA